GGUGCAGCGGGCAAGGGGCUCUGGGUCUCACUCCCCUCCCCCCGCGCCUGCCUGAGGAACCUCAGCUCGGCGGACGCCGGCCGGCAGACCAUGCGCAACUACGGGGGGCUCAUCGACGCCCUCAUGGCCUACGUGCAGAACUGCGUGGCCGCCAGCCGCUGCGAUGACAAGUCCGUGGAGAACUGCAUGUGCGUCCUGCACAACCUCUCGUACCGCCUGGACGCCGAGGUGCCCACCCGCUACCGCCAGCUGGAGUACAACGCCCGCAACGCCUACACCGACAAGUCCUCCACUGGCUGCUUCAGCAACAAGAGCGACAAGAUGAUGAACAACAACUACGACUGCCCGCUCCCCGAGGAGGAGGCCAACCCCAGGGGCAGCAGCUGGCUGUACCACUCGGACGCCAUCCGCACCUACUUGAGCCUCAUGGGCAAGAGCAAGAAGGACGCCACCCUGGAGGCCUGCGCGGGGGCCCUGCAGAACCUGACGGCCAGCAAGGGGCUGAUGUCCAGCGGCAUGAGCCAGCUCAUCGGGCUCAAGGAGAAGGGGCUGCCGCACAUCGCCCGCCUGCUGCAGUCCGGCAACUCGGACGUGGUGCGCUCCGGCGCCUCGCUGCUCAGCAACAUGUCCCGCCACCCCGCACUGCACCGCGUGAUGGGAAACCAAGUGUUCCCCGAGGUGACGCGGCUGCUGACCAGCCACACAGGCACCAGCAGCAACUCGGAGGACAUCCUGGCCUCCGCCUGCUACACCGUGCGGAACCUGAUGGCCUCCCAGCCCCACGUGGCCAAGCAGUUCUUCUCCAGCAGCAUGACCAACAACCUGGUCAACCUGUGCCGAAGCAGCGUCUCCCCCAAGGCCGCCGAGGCCGCCCGGCUGCUGCUGACGGACAUGUGGUCCAGCAAGGAGCUGCAGAGCGUCCUGCGGCAGCAAGGCUUCGACCGGAACAUGCUGGGCGCCUUAGGCGGCCCCAACAGCCUCCGGAACUUCACCUCCCGGUUCUGAGGGGGCGGCCGGAGCAGGCGCGGCUCGCAG